CGUCCCGCCCCGUCCCACCCUGCGCCUCCGGACGUCUGUGCCGGGAUAUGGCCGCCGCCGGUGCCGGGUCCUUGAGCUGAGUGCCGGCCACCUGAGCCAACCGCUGCGGUCAACUGUCCUCACGGGCCAGGACGGCGAGGAGCCGCUCAGGAACCGGAGGCCGCCACCGGAGGCCGGCGCAUGGCGUCCAUCUUGCUCAGGAGCUGCCGCGGUCGGGCAGUCGCCCGCCUGGCCCCGCCACGCGCCGCCUCCCCGCGUGGUAGUCUGAGGGAUCGAGCUUGUCUCAGUUGUACCAGGACCACGAGGUUGAUAAGCCGUGAGAACGUUCUGUCUCACUGCUGUAUGCCAGCCAGCCCUGUGCACCUCUGCUUCAAAGGUGAGCUGUUCAGCUGUUGGACUCAGAGGCCUGAGUGCUGGGGCGCUGUGGCAGGGGCAACAUGGACACCUGCCUCUGCAAGCUUGGUUGUCACAGGACCUCAAUACUUUCCCGUCCGUGGCUGGCACUCGUCAUCUCCCCUCUGUGAUGACUCUGUGGUGGAGAAGUCCCUUAAGUCCUUAAAGGACAAGAAUAAGAAGCUGGAGGAGGGUGGCCCUGUGUAUAGCCCACCAGCUCAGGUGGUGGUGAAGAAGUCCCUCCGGCAGAAGGUGCUGGACGAGCUGAAGCACUACUAUCAUGGCUUCCGCCUGCUCUGGAUCGACACCAAGAUCGCUGCCCGCAUGCUCUGGCGCAUCCUCAAUGGCCACACGCUGACCCGCCGGGAGCGCAGGCAGUUUCUCCGGAUUUGUGCAGACCUCUUCCGCUUAGUGCCUUUCCUGGUGUUCGUGGUCGUGCCCUUCAUGGAGUUCCUGCUGCCUGUAGUCGUGAAGCUCUUCCCCAACAUGCUGCCGUCCACGUUUGAAACCCAGUCCAUCAAGGAGGAGAGGCUGAAGAAGGAGCUGCGAGUAAAGCUAGAGUUGGCCAAGUUCCUCCAAGACACCAUCGAGGAGAUGGCUCUGAAGAACAAGGCAGCCAAGGGGAAUGCCACCAAAGACUUCUCAGCGUUUUUCCAGAAGAUCCGGGAGACGGGGGAGAGACCCAGCAAUGAGGAAAUCAUGCGCUUUUCCAAAUUGUUUGAAGAUGAGCUGACCCUGGAUAACCUCACGCGGCCUCAGCUGGUAGCACUGUGCAAACUGCUGGAGCUUCAGUCCAUCGGCACCAACAACUUCCUGCGUUUCCAGCUCACCAUGCGGCUGAGAUCCAUAAAGGCUGAUGACAAGCUGAUUUCUGAGGAAGGGGUGGACAGCCUGACUGUCAAGGAAUUGCAGGCAGCAUGUCGGGCACGAGGCAUGCGAGCCCUUGGAGUCACAGAAGACCGUUUGAGGGGCCAGCUGAAGCAGUGGCUGGACCUGCACCUACACCACGAGAUCCCCACGUCAUUGCUCAUCCUGUCCCGGGCCAUGUACCUCCCAGACACCCUCUCACCUGCUGACCAGCUCAAGUCCACACUGCAGACCCUUCCGGAGAUUGUGGCGAAGGAAGCUCAGGUAAAAGUGGCAGAGGUGGAAGGUGAGCAGGUGGACAACAAGGCGAAGCUGGAGGCCACACUGCAGGAGGAGGCUGCCAUCCAGCAGGAACACCUGGAGGAGAAGAGGGCCGCCGAGGCGAUGAAGGACAGCCAGCCAGAAGGAACAGAAGCCACUGUCACCAGGAGACUAGUGACCGAGCCACAGCCAGAGGUGCCUGAAGUGAUCCUGCCCUCGGAGACACUGAAGGACACAGCACCUGUGUUGGAGGGCUUGAAGGGAGAAGAGAUAACUAAAGAGGAAAUCGACGUGCUCAGCGACGCCUGCUCCAAGCUAAAGGAGCAGAAGAAGUCCCUGACCAAGGAGAAGGAGGAGCUGGAGCUGCUGAAGGAGGAUGUGCAGGACUACAGCGAGGACUUACAGGAGAUCAAGAAAGAACUUUCAAAGACGGGAGACGAGCGAUAUAUAGAAGAAUCCAAAGCCAGCAAGAGACUGACGAAGCGGGUCCAGCAGAUGAUUGGGCAGAUCGACGGCCUGAUUGCACAGCUGGAGACGAGUCAGCAGGAUGGCAAGUUAGGCUCUGCUGAGAGCUCACCCAUGGGGGAGAGCGUCAUCAGUGUCACUGAGCUCAUCAGCGCCAUGAAGCAAAUCAAGCACAUUCCAGAACACAAACUGGUCAGCCUAACCUCAGCCCUCGAUGAAAAUAAGGAUGGCAAGAUCAACAUUGAUGACCUGGUCAAGGUGAUCGACUUGGUGGACAAAGAGAACGUUCAGAUCUCUACCAGCCAGGUGGCCGAGAUUGUGGCAACUCUCGAGAAGGAGGAGAAGCUGGGUGCCAAGAAGGUCAAGGAGAAGGCUGAGAAAGAGGCUGCAGAGGUGAAGGGUUAGGGCUGCCUGGCAUUUGGUACCACAGGGCCUGUGCAGGUCUGCUCCAUCCUGCCACACCAGCCACAGUGGGGAUGGCAUGAGAGUGAUUGCUUUGAGGUGAUUUUUAGUGGCAAAUCUAACAUUUUUGUCUGGAAUAAAUCAGAAACUUCCAUAAUCAAGCAAUUUUUAAUUUCAUCAUUCCAUGAAGAUUCAGGGCUGGAGCCCUCUGAGUAAUUGCGUCUGGACUCACACCAUGGUGUGCUGAAUGGCCAUAGUCACAUGGGCCAAGGGUAUCUCCGCCAGUAGGAUCACAGCUCACACUGACCCCAACUCCAGAGGUGACUCAGGCCAGGCUGGCAGGAAGGUGUCUCCAUGUAUGUGUCCUCACUGGCUUAGGGUCUGAUCUGGCCUCCAUCCCCAGAAGGAGAGUGAGGACCACAUGAACUCCAUUACCUGUACGGAGCCAAGCGGAUGUGCCUACAGGUCCUAGAGACUUUGGAAUAGGAACUAGACAAACAGUGCAGCCCUCCUCUGCUCUGAAGGUCCUGCAGUUAGUCUGAGGACUUGGAUUCGUAAAUAUCAAUGUGCAUAGAUAUGUCUGCUCACACAUGUUCACCGUUGUGUCUAACCAUUUGAUAUAUGUGCCGUAAUCACUUAAGUGGCCUCUGGAGAUAGCAGUUUCCUGGCAGCAGUGUCUGUUUUACCUGGAUUCUCUGGUGUGUUGACUGGAGCUCAGUUACCAUUGAUCUCCACUAAUUCUUUAACUGACUAGUACUGAGUUUUCAAACAUGACCAUCUGCCUAAUUCAUGAGUAAUAUCUAAUGUAGUGGGUGAGAUACGUGGAAGAAGCCUUUGAACAUAAAGCCUUUUACUGAGCAGUUCACAUUGCUGUACAGUGCUGUGCCUAGGCUGGCCUAGGGUCCAGAGCUGACCUCUGCAGCCUGAGCACACCUGGGGCCUCGGUGUGGCUCUGCACAUAAAAUUGUAAGUCACAUAGGACAGAGCCAAGGUGGGCUUCAGCCAUGCACCUCGCCUUCUGGUUCAUGGUACCAGGGGAGUCCCUUAGCCUGUCCGUAGCACAAAUGCUGGGGGCUAUUCCUGCCACUGAGGAGUGACAAAGUAGGCUUGUGUGACAGUGGCGCCACGGGGGCUUUCAUCAUGAUGACUCCUGGCUGCCAACAGCUUGCUGGCACCCUUCUGAGUGGUAUCAGCGUUGCUCAGUGUCCAGAGCUCUUUGCUGAGUGGCCAGCAGCCUUUCUUACUUGGAGGUAGGCCAGAGCUAGGUGUCCUGUGGCCUCAGCACCACCUUCCCUAGGGGAGUGAAGGAAGGAUGGUCAUGAGUUCAGCCUGGGCUACUUAGCAAGACCCUGCCUCCAAAAGCCCUUCACAGAACUCAGACAGAACCGGAAGGUGUAGAGAAGCAUUGCACUUGGAGACCACACUUCUCUAUUACUUGAAACCUUUUUCUUGGCCACGAAAGGAUACGUAUGACACGAAGGGAGAAUGAGAUCAUCCCACACCUGGACAUUUGUAGAGUAGCAGUGGGUCUCAGUGAUCUCGUCCCUGUCACCUGCAGGCUGGUAGAUCCAUGGCAGCAUCUGUCAAACGUGCUGUGCCCCGACAACCUGGUCCCAGCUGUCAGUAUAUGUAGGAGGACAAACUUAUGGUUGCCAGAUGUGUUUCCACCACAGAGGCCGUCUGUCCUCUGAGUAGCAUUCUGGAGCCUGGCCCAGGUCUAGCUUUUGCCCUCAUCCUUCAUGGCAUUGUUGGGUGCUGUCCGUGGUCACGUGUUAGCUUUUGCUGACUCAGGAACUUCUGUCCCCUCUGCCUUGAAUUCUUCCCUCACAGGUCACAGCAUCACCCCAGGAAGUUUUCAUCCUGCUUAUGUUUCAGGGGCUUAGUACCCACAUGUACUGGAAGGUCCAGCAGUGGGUUCCUGCCUUGGUUCUAAGAGCCAUCCCCCUUCUGUUUUACUGCCCAAACCUUACUUAGUACAUUUGGAUCAGGUUUGGAAAUGAUGGGUCCAGGAUUGAGCAUUGUUCGUGCCAAGCAUUUGAAAGAUGGCUGCGUCAGCUUCCUUGUUCAUGAGCACUGCAUCCCGGCGGGUGUUUCAGGAACUGAGAUACCCAUGCCUGUUCAGUGAAGCUAGAGUUUCAGACAGGAGUCUAGCAUUCCUUCCCGUCUUCACCUCACACUGCUUCUCACACAAGAUUCAGGAAGUUGGCACCAGGUUCUGUUUGAACUGUCAACAUUUUAAAUGUGAAGGGCACCAUGCAGUUCUGAAAAGCAGACCCUCUGUAGUUGUCCUCUUUGUGGUCUGUAUCGUCUUCUGACCUUCAGGGGCCCCUAAAGCCUCCAGGCUGGGCCAUGUGUAAACUUCUGUUGAGAUGGUUCUUUUGUUAAAACAUUUAAUCGAUGUUCCUGUAACAGCCAGAGUGAUGUAUCAGCCAUUUGACUAGCAAAGAAGUUUAGUGGAAACUCAGUGCCCUGAGCUCUGGUGACUGCAUUGUGGAUGUAAGAUGUGCAGAUUCAAGAGGGCCCUUGCCCUCCCCCAAGCCCCUCUGUGAGUGCCAGCUCACCUUCAGGGACUGCAGUCUUGACUCCAGGCUCCUGCCUUGCAGGACAUUACCGAGGAGGUCUGUGUCUCCUCUUCCUAGGACACCAGCCCUGCUUUGUAGAGAAUAAGAGGUCUUUGCUUGUCAGGAGCUGAACUGCCAGGCUGAGGAUAAUAGGCCACAGGGUGAUGUUUUCUACAACUCGAUGUAAGUAGAUGAUUGAAUAAAGCGCACUGAUGACCUCUC